GGAGGACAGUCGGAGAGGAGGAAGAGAGAUACAGCAGGAUCUCAGUAGGAUCAACCCAACUCCGGAGAACUGUUCACUACAGACUGCAAAGACAGAAAUGGCAGACGUUGCAACUGCCGCUGAAAAGAAGGCCCCGCCUAAAUUCAAGCAGAGGACUACCCGUACCUUCAAGAGCAAGGCCCCCAAGCCUGGCCAGAAGGGAUUCGGUGACGACAUCCCCGGCAUGGAGGGUCUCGGCACAGACAUCACAGUGGUCUGCCCAUGGGAAGCUUUCGGUGACAUGGAACUCAGUGACCUGGCGAAAUAUGGAAUUGUUUAGACGCCCUACCCCUCCUUUCCGUCCCUCGACCACCCCCUUCACUUCUCUUUCCUUCACUCCCCCUCUCUGGACCCUGUUUUGUUAUGCCAUCUUGUACAAGGCGCUUCCACUUUGACAUCAGCUCGGUGUUUAAGAGCCGGGCGUACUCGGGUGCACUACCGACCCUGAGAGCGGGGCGUACUCGGGUGCACUACCGACCCUGAGAGAAAUGGUGAAGUCACACAAACACACAGUGAUACUUGGGAAAUAUGCACACACCAGCUUUAAACUGAAGACAGAUAAUACCAAAGCUCAUCCUGCCACUGUCCUCCUGUAGAAAUCUCACGUAAACGACCAGCUAAGCAAUGUCCUAACAACUGAUGUCAAAUGGCACUCAAGUUAUAUGAAUAAGACAUGUAAUGUAUAAUAGUGAUGUGCAUUCGCUUUCUGCGGUCUGGUAGGUAAAUAAAUGGUCAUGUCAGUGAGCUUACUUCGACACUACUACUACAGUUUCACUGGUGCACUUCCUGAGAGAGAGGCUGGACUAAAUUUACAAUGUUAUUAGAGGGUUUGAUUAAGCGUUGUUCACAUCUCAACUAUAGUUGGUCUCCUCACGCCUGACUUUUUUCUCAACCUGCACCCACUCUCAUUGAAAGCACUUUUUAUAUACAGAAAUAUAUAUUUAUGUACAAAAUAAAAUCAAUCCAUCUUUUUUUUUUAC